AGGAAGGACUUAGAAGAAUUCAAAAUAUCAAUACUACUAAAAUUUCUACUAUGCAAGAUCUUGCAGAUGUAAUUAUGAUGUUGAGCAUGAAACCUGCUAAAGUUGCCACUCUUCGUAUUAUCCAUUAUGAACCCGGUGAAUCAAAUUCUCCUGAAUGGUACAAAUCUGAAAAUAAUCCAGAAUAUGCAAAAGAAUUGCUUACCUGGAUCCAAGAUGCAAUAGCAACCAGAAAAUUACGCAAUCCUGUUUAUAGUAUUAGUAGAAAAUGCAGUACAGGACAACAUCUUGAAUUCCUUAGCAGAGUUGCAAUGAGGCAUAAGAUAGACCGUUUUGAUUCUGAAAAAUAUUAUGCUGAGGGUGAUACUUCGGAUUUUGACCUUGACUCAGAUUCAACCCUGAACCUGAAACCCUAG